AUGCUGACUAGAAGUCCAAUAAAGAUCAGAUUAGCAAGGUUCGGAAGAAAGCAUCAACCGCUUUAUAAUAUCGUGGUAGCUAACCGGAGAUCGGCCCGUAAUAAAUUACCCAUUGAGGUGCUCGGUACCUAUAAUCCAGUACCUGUUCCAUUAACACCAGUGGAAAAAGCUGAGGGCAUUAAGCCUUAUAAAGAUAUAGAGCUUGAUUUUGAGAGAUCUAAGUAUUGGUUGGGUGUUGGCGCUGAGGUUUCAGAUCGUGUAAACUUCUUAUUUAAAAGGGCUGGGUUGCUUCCAGAAGAAUGGCCAAAGCCCAGUAAACUUACUCAACAUAUCGAACACCCUGUCUUAAGUGAGCUCAAGACAUUCCUUGAAGAACCAAGAGAGCAUAUUAGGAAAAGGGAUUGA